GCUGAACAAUGUUCGUUUUCUACCUGCACGAAAGCCGCUGGCUUUUCCCCGCAGGUGAGUCCGGAAAGUGAAAUCUGUUCGCUCUGGCUUUAAAUGCUCCGCUGCGGCUCCGCUUCAACACAACAAUCCCAGGAGACACACGAGUUCUUAUACAAAGAAGCUUUAUUGCUUUAUUUAUUAUUUAGUUAAAGGACAAAAUCAAGAUGCCGAGCAGGAUUUUCUUCACUUGUGUGUUUCUCGGUCUGUUCUGCGCAUGCUCCGCGCUGAGCUGCAGGUGGAUGGAGCAUAAAUUCGGACAGUACAGCGGAAACUCUUUGAAUCUGCUGGAUAUGAUGGCGAAUAACAUCACUAACAGCACUGAGGGCGAAGAGAUCACUGUGGCCUUCCCUGAUCAUCUGUACAGCCAGGCAUCCAAAGCAUCAGCUGAGGGUAAACUUUCCUUCGCGGUCCACAUCCUGAAGGAGAUUUCUGUCCUGUUUGAGGAAGAUCAGAGCUCUUCGUCAUGGCAGGAGGUCACAGUGGAGAACUUUCUCAAUGUUGUCAACAAACAGGCUGAUGAGCUUCACUCCUGUAUUAAAGGCCAUAGCCACAUGAAGAAGAGGAACACCAAGCUGCACUUGUAUUUCAAGAGAUUAUCCAACGAAAUCCUGGCGAAAAUGGGCCACAGUGCUGACGCCUGGGAGCUGAUCAGGAGGGAAGUCAAAGUCUGUCUAAUAAAAGCAGACCACCUGGUUUCCUCUCUGCUGCCCUCCAGCUAAAAUAUUGAACAAAGAUGUCACAAAUUAUUUAUUUAUCUCAAUAUUAUCAUGUGUUUUAUGAUUGUGAAGACGCUGAUAUUUAUCGUCAUGUGUGCAGUUUCUUUAUUUUUAUUUUAUUUCUCCCAUCUUUUGAUUACUUUGUACCUUUCAU